AUGGUAUUUAUGUUUCUUCAAACUACAUCGGGUAUUAAAUAUUGGAAUUUCUUUAUUGAUUCAAUGCGUUUACUUCAAUUACGAUAUUCAUCUCGAUCAAAUCGUAUUGAUAUUUCAUAUUUGAAUUUUAUCUAUAAAUAUUAUUCUCAACAUCAUGAAUUUCGUUCGAUUACUAUUGAUUGUGGUGAUACUCGAAUGCCUGAUUCGAAUACGCCAGAUUCAAUAUGGUUUCAAAUGGCAAUAAAUGCAAUGCAUCAAUUACGUAUAUAUUGGUUACCUCGAUAUCUUAGUCAAUUACCUUUAUCAUCUCAAUUGAAGAAAAAACCUUCAACAAACGAAUCAAAUUCAAAACCAUUUGAUAAUAUUAUUAACACAUCAUCAGAAAAUGUUAUUGUAACAUCCGUCAAUCAUCGAUCACAGACUAAUUCAAUAAUAAACAAAGAACCUAAUUUAGUUAAGUUUACUCUGGAUAAUAUCUCUUAUCUUGAUUACAAUCCUCGACAAUAUAUACACAUUCAAUCAUCUGAACAAGAUGAUUUUCAACAAGAUUUUGAAGAAUUAAAUCAAUCAAAUCAUAAUAAUCAAACAGAUGCAAAUAUUAAAUUAAAAUUUGAAGUUCCAUCAUAUGCAUUAUCAGAUCGUUCAAUUGAAGAUUAUGCUACAGAUGCUAAUAUCGAAUUAUUUUAUCGUAUACUUGUAUCAGAUUCAUUAGCUGGAUCACCAUUUCUUGAAUAUAUGUCUGAAACAAUACCUAAAACUGAUAUAAUUUCACUUCAAACUUGUAUGCAUUGCAUUACUGAUGCUGAAGUUUUAUUAUCCAUCCCAACCGGAAAGUAUAAGGAAAGAAUUCUUAAACAAUUUAUUUCGCGGUAUUUUGAAGUAACAACUGCUGAAGUAUUACCUAGUCAGAUUUUUGAUAAUAUUGAAGAACAAAGGAAUGAAUUAAUUAAAGAAUUAAUAAGACAAAAUAAUAAUCAAUAUUUUCUUCUUUGGAAAAUUUUAUUAAAAAUUACAAAAGGCAAAAUUUUAAAUAUAAAUCUUAUCAUUGAUGAUCUUCAUCAUAUUUUACCUUUAGUCAAUUUUGACACAUUACUAAUAAAUCAACAAAAUACUAAAGAAACUGAUUUAAAACAAACAUAUUCUAAUGAAACAGAAAUUUUCUCAAGAAAAUAUUUAAUCACUUGCAAUGAACAACAAAAUGAUCUUUUAAAGUCUUUGAUUAAAAAUCAAUUUUAUACAACAGAAAAACAAAUUAAUACCGAUGAACAAUGUGAAUUUCAAACAGGUGAACGAUUUCGUCCAUUAACUAAUAAUGAACUUGAACAAGAAUUACGUCGAUUAUAUACAAAAUUCGAAGAAAAAACUAUCGAAACUAUUCUUGGAAAAUCAUUCGAUGCUUCAAUAAUACCUCAUCAAACAAAUAUUUCAACAUUUAUUGGUAAUCGAUUAUCACAUAGUAAAACAAAUCAAACAUUAAUAUCAAAUGAAUAUUCAAAAUUGGAUACAAUUGAAACAUUUACACUUGAUAUAAUAAAUUCAGCUCGAGAUAUAUUUGAAAUCGAUUGUUUUAUAUCAAAUAUAAUGAAUGAAAGUUUAAAUCUUAUUCAAACAAAUCCAUUAUUAAAAUCAAUAAAAAGUAAUUCAAGUUCAUCAUCAUCAUCAUCAUCAUCAUCAAUAUCUGAUGAUAUACUUAUGACAAAUUCUUCAUCAAUAAUAACCUAUCCAGAAAUCAUUACUAAUGAUAUAAAUACAAAUGCAUUUAUAUCUUUAAAUUCAUCUGAAAUAAAUUUUAUAACAUUAAAAAAAAUUCCUUCAUUAAUUGGUUCAUAUUUUAUUAAUUCACCAAUUAUAACUAAUGAUAAUUUUAUUUCUCAAAUUGAACAUACAUUUAUAAAUAAUUCUAUAGAUUCUCUUGAUAAUUUUCAAUUAUCUAAUAUAAUUAAAUUAAAUAAAUCAUCCAUGAUAAAUAUUAAACAUAUUGAUAAACAAGAAAAUUUUUUUCAUGAAACAAUUCAAAUUACACAUGAAGAUAAAUGUAAUGAAAUAAAAAAUUUUAUUAUUGAAAAAAAAUUUUCCUAUUUUCAAAAUAAUAAUGAACAAAAACAAUUAAUAAAAUUUAUUCAAAAUGAAAUAAAUAAUUAUCAAUGGCCAUUACAUGAAUAUAUUGGUAUACAAGGACAACGUUCAUGGCAUGCUUUAAAAUUAGCAAUUGAUAUUUCAAAUUUUGAUAAUGAAUUUAUAUUAAAUUAUCAUAAUGAUUUCGAUUGGAUUUCAAUUGAUAAUAAUUAUGGUUCAUUUAAUCAACGAACUUAUUUAAUCAUACGAAAUUUUCAACAACGUAUUGAAAAAAUAAAAUCUAUUCAAUCAUACAGAUAA